AUGACCACGCUAAUUUCAGAAAAAGAAAACCGAGCUUGGUGCGUCGUCUACGGCCUAGAGUCGGCGGCAAUUAUUAUUGGGAAUAUCCUUAUAAUAGCUGCCUUCGCCAUCACUAAGUCCUUACACAGGAAAACCUAUCUGUUGCUAAUCAGCUUGGCAGUGGCUGAUCUCCUGGUGGGUGCGGUAGCGAUACCGAUGUUCAUUCAUUACAUUGGUGGAUCAGUUACCGAUUGGUGGGAUGUGGACGAUCACGUACAACCUGCCCAGACCGCCAUCGAGAUAUUUGCCUCGUAUGCCUCGAUUUUCUUCCUGGUCGCUAUCGCUUUGGAGAGACUUUACGCAGCUUUGUCUCCCGUCGGGCAUGAUAACUUGAAACCUAUCGUUUACUACAUCGUAAUCACCUCGACCUGGCUUUUAUCGGUGCUACUCGGCGUUUUGUCGUUUCUCCGAGAGAAGCAUGUCGGUGCAGCAGAUAAUGAGGGGGUAUUCCUGUUUAUCAUGAUUUUACUUGCCUUAUCAAUGAUAACUAUUGUGGUCGCUUAUUCAGUGAUCGCCUGCAUUUUACUGGGUGCGCGCAACAAAAGCGAUGACUUUCAGAAGAGGAUGGCGGUUACUCUCCUGAUCUUGAGCUUGAUUUUUAUAGUCACUUGGUUGCCCUUUAAAGUGAUUAAUUACAUUUUUCACUUUCAGCGGGGUGCAACCCUUUCAUGUAGCCCAGGUGACUUUGCCUGUCUCUAUCACGCAGUAUACGCUACGAAAUUCCUCCAUUAUUUUAACUCAGUUGUAAACCCCAUUAUUUAUGCUCUGCGCGUGAAAGAUUUUAGGAAAGGAGUCAGGCGCAUUUUUUUUUGUUGCUGUGAGGAAAGUGCACCGAGUAACCCUCCCCUGGGGUAUAGAGAAAGAGGAAUCGACAACAUGGUUUCAAUGCAUUCCAUUGAUACCAAUGUUCCCUCUAUGUUCUUGUAA